AUGGCUGCCGGUGAAUCAUCCUCGCAGUCUGAGGAACAGUGUCCCCAGCUGAGCACCACGGUGUCCUCACCGGUGCUGGAUGAAGACAUCCUAGGUUACCAGGAGCCAAGAGUGGAGGUCAGCCCCCAGGCUCCAUCCACCAGCCCAAAGAGGAAUAGGGACUUGUCGGAUUCUGAGGAUGACCUCGCCGAGCUGGUGGACCCUGAACCUCAGCCGCUGUGGUCCGUGGAGACCCUGUGCGGCCUCAGGAUGAAGCUUAAGAGGCGGCGCAUGUCUACCGUGCGGCCUGAACACCACAAGGUCUUCACCAGGCUGCUGGAGGAUCCCGUGGUGAAAAAAUUCCUGGCCUGGGACAAGAUGCUGAGGGUCUCUGACAAGUACCUCUUGUCUAUGGUCAUAGCCUAUUUCAGCCGUGCUGGGCUCUUCUCCUGGCAGUACAGGCCCAUCCACUUCUUCCUGGCUCUGUACCUGGCUAGCGACAUGGAGGAGGACAACCAGGCACCUAAACAGGACAUUUUUUACUUCCUCUAUGGGAAGAGCUACGCCCAGCGCCCCAUGUUCCACAAACUACGGUUCCAGUUCAUUCGGUCCAUGGGCUGGAAGAUCUGGGUGUCCCGAGAGGAGUGUGAAGAGAUCCAGGCUUACAACCCAGAGCUGUGGGUGUGGGCACGAGAUCGCACCAACCUCACCUAG